CUGAGGGCGCCCGUGCCCUGCCGGGCGGAGGUUGGGGUUGGCCUAGGCGGCCUCGAGUCAAGGGUCAGCAGUGGUGGGGUCAGAACUGGGGGCCACAGGGUUGGCAAAGGGGAGUUCCAGCCGGGGUGGGAGGACAGAGAAUCUGCAAGUGGUCAGAAAUCGCCCCUGAUACAAAUUGCAGUGGCUUUGGGAUGAUCCCCAGUGUGGAGGGCUGUGUAAAUCUGGCUGAUUUGGCAUAAAAGUCUUUGGGGGAAAAAGGUGCCUGACUGAAGAAUGGCAGAAGCAGUCUUGAUAGAUCUCUCUGGUUUACAAUUGAACUCUCAGGAAAACUGUCAUCAGAUGGUACUGAAGACGCUGGAUGGUAUUCACGACCACCAUGCCCCCAAGGCCAAGUUCCUUUGUAUAAUAUGUUGCAGCGAUGCCACCAAUGGAAAGGGUGGGGAAUAUGGCCUCUGUGAACUGGAAGCAGGAAAUGGCUUUUCAAGUCUCGCGGGAAAAUUCGAGACUGUUAGCCAUCCCAGCCUGGCUGCCUCUUUGUAUUCAGUUAAACAAAAAAUAGAUGAGGAGGAUCUGAGCCGCGUUAAGGUGAUUGUGCCCGAGCACAGGAGACUGUUGAUGGAGGCUUAUGUUGACCAACUCUUCACCGCGGUGUAUGAGUUUGAGUUUGAAGAUUUACAGGUAGCUCAGAGGGAAAGCCUUUUGAAACCGUCCACUGGCGUAAAUGUGACCACAGCUCAUAAACUGGAAGACGUCCAGAGUGAAAUAGAAUCGUACUUGAGAAGCCUGCCAGCGUUGAAAGGGGACCUAACUAUUGUCACAUCUCCUUUGAUCCCAGACAUCUUCCUGCACGGAUUUACAACUCGGACAGGUGGCAUUUCUUACAUACCCACUCUCAGCUCACUCAAUCUUUUCAGUAGUUCCAAACGGAGAGAUCCCAAAGUAGUUGUUCAAGAAAACCUCCGCAGGCUGGCAAAUGCUGCAGGGUUUAAUGCAGAGAAAUUUUACCGAAUAAAGACUGAUCACGCCAGUGAAGUAUGGGUAAUGGGGAAGAAGGAGCCUGAAUCUUACGAUGGAAUAAUUACAAAUCAGAGAGGAAUCACAAUCACAGCUCUUGGCGCAGACUGUAUACCUAUAGUCUUUGCAGAUCCUGUGAAAAAAGCAUGUGGGGCUGCUCACUCGGGCUGGAAGGGCACUUUGUUGGGCGUCGCUAUGGCUACUGUGAAUGCUAUGAUAGCAGAAUAUGGCUGUAAUCUGGAGGACAUCAUUGUUGUUCUGGGCCCUUCAGUGGGAUCUUGCUGCUUUACUCUUCCCAGAGAAUCAGCAACCUCAUUUCACAAUGUUCAUCCUUCGUGUGUGAGACAGUUUGACUCACCAAAUCCCUACGUUGACAUCCGAAAAGCCACCAGGAUUCUUCUAGAACGAGGAGGAAUUCUUCCACAGAAUAUUCAAGACCAGGAGGAAGAUCUUGACCUCUGCACAUCUUGCCAUCCUGAGAAGUUUUUCUCCCAUGUCCGUGAUGGCCUUAACUUCGGUACACAGAUAGGCUUCAUAUCCCUUAGAGAAUGAGGUUCUUGUCUGGAAUUUUGCAUAAAUGCUUCCCGUAUCCUUCUACAAUGGCUGCAAAAGAAAAUAUUUAGCUUUUUGAUUUAUAUAAAACCAUGAGGAUUACAAAAGAUAAUUCAUCUUUAGGGUAUUCUCUCACUGUUACCGGAUGCACAAUGACCUUGGUCUAAUUCUUAUGACAACUGAUGAAAAAACUCAGUGAGAUGUCAUUGCUAACGUUGUUCUCUGUAUCUAUAAAUCAAGGCCGGAUCUGUUUAGUUCAGUAUUCACUAGAUGCCGACUUUUGUUCAGGAAUGGGACUCAGCACAGUGAAUUGAAAUGAAGACACCUUUCUCAUUUGAAUCAAAUGCAGUAGGGGAGAUAAACGUUUCCUUUUAAAUGUAUAUUUUUAACUGCCUUAUAAAAUACCAGGUUUCCUUAUGCUGUUCUCAAGCACCAUGUUUUUCUGGCCCUCCGCUCUCCCUUUCCCUGGCCCCUUGUGUACCCUUUCACUGCAGAAGCCCCUCUUUCCUGUCUCAUGUGUUUUGUUCUCCCUUGCACAAUCCCCUUUUAUGUUCCCUUUCUAGUUUCAACACCUAUCCACACUUAUACCCACAGAUUUACAUAGCCAUAUACAUGUAUGUUUACAUAAACAUUAAAGGUUAGAAUUUAUAUAUAAGAAAGAACAUGUGGUGUUUCUUAUUCUGAGUCUGGAUUAUUUUGCUCAUAAUAAAUAAUUCCAGAUCCAUCAAUUUUUCCUAUAAGUUUGAUAAUUUCAUUAUGGCUAAAUAAAAUACUGUGUGUAUGUACUGUAUUUCUGUUAUCCAUUCAUUUGCCAAUGAACAAGAAGGCUAGUUCCAAAUCCUUGCUAUUGUGACUAGAACGUCAAUAAAUGUGCAUGUUUUGUGUCUUUGUGGCAGGAGAGAGUAUUUGGGUAUAUGCCCAGAAACAAGCUAGGUGGGUCCCAAACCUGUUUUGGUUUUUUGUUUCCUUUAUGUAUAUUCUCUUGAGAAUUUAAUGCAUGUUUACAAUGAAGUGUGAUACUAACCAUCCUUCACUCCCCAUCCAGCUCUUGCCCAGGUUUUCCCAAUACACCACUCUCCCACCUUCAUGUCCUCACUGUUCAGUUUCUGUGAAACCUCCAUGCUGAUUUCUAUGGUGGCUGUUCUGGUAUACACUCCCACCAACAGUGAACAUGUGUUCAACUUUCCCCACAUCCCAUCAGCACUCAACAUUUUUCUUUCUAUUUACUUAUUUUUUAUGUGUAUGCAUGACUGUGCACCACAUUUGUGCAGUGACCAGAGAGGCCAGAAGAGAAUGUCAGAUCCCCUGAGACUGGAGUUACCGAUGGCUUUGAGCCACAUAUAGGUGUAGGGAAUCAAACCCAGAUCAUCGGAAGAGGAGCUAGUGUUCUAAUCCCUGGAGCCACCUCUCCAGCUCUGUCAUGCUUUCCUGAGUAGCAGACAUUCUCACUGGGGUUAGGUAGAAUCUUAAGAGUUUUAACAUCGAUGUCUCUAAAGGCAUGGGAUGCAUUUUCAGUAUAGUUCCGGGCGUUCGUGAGUCUUUUGAGAAUGAUCUCUUUGUUUCAUGAGCUCAUUUAUUGACAGGUGGCUUUACUGCUUAGUUUUGAAUUUUUUUCUAAUAUGCUAUAGAUAAAUGCUAAGCCCGUGUUUAAAGAAUAGCUGGUAAAAAUUCUGUACUGCUCUGUAACCUGUUUUCCUGCUGAUAGUUCCCUUUGCUAUGCAAGAGGGGUUUUUUUGUUUUGUGUAAUACAUUUGCAAAUUCUUGUGCAAUUAGAGUCCUAUUUUAAGACUUCCAGUAUAUGAUGGCUUCUUGGAAUAUUUUUCUCUAGCAGUAUCAGAAUUUCAGGUUAGGGUCUUUGAUCCAUGGACAGAGUUUGGUAGUGUUCCUGCUCUUUUUGUCUGUGGAAAGGUUCGCCAUGUUGUUGGUGCUAAAUCUUCCUUAAACGACGUGUAGAAUUUAGCAGUGAAUCCACAUGGUCCCAGGUUUUCCUUUAGGGGAAACUUAAUUAGCACUUUGAUCUCUUGCUCAUUAUAGGUUUGUUUAAAUAGUUCCUAUCUUCUGAAUUUAAUUUGGUAAGUCAUAAAUGUUCUUUAGAAGCCCUUGGCUGUAUCCUAGAGGGUCUGGUUGAUUGUGUUUUCCUUUUGCAUUUGAUUCCACGAAUGUUUUUAAGUUCCUCUGGGUUUUUUUUCCAGGACUCACUAUUUAUUCUCCAAGCAUUUGUAUAGUUUAUGAAUUUCUCUUGAUGAUUUUUAGUUUUAUUCCACUAUAGUCUCAAAAGAUAGAAUGAUUCCGUCUUUCCUUUGUAUUUUAUUUUAUUUUUUGUAUUUGCUAAUGUUUGCUUUGUGGUCAGUUUUAGAGAAUGUUCAAUCCUUGUUCUGUUAAGUGUGUAUUUACUGUCUGUUGGAUGGAUACCACUUAAUUCCAGGUGAUCUGUGGUAUAAUUUAGCUUUGAAGUUUCUCCGCCAGUUUUAGAGCGGAAGAGCCCAUGUCUACCUUCAUGAUUGUGUCAGAGUCUGUGUGAAGUGUUUUGCCUUUCAGCAUUAGUCUUAUGAGAGAUAUUUGCAGUUGUUCUAUCUCCCUGGUGAAUUGUUUCUUGUGUUAUAUGUAGUGGUCUCUCUAUCUCUAGUUUUGGUUGACAUCCACCAUAAUGGGUACAAGAAUUGCUACCCUAGCACGUCCACAGCUUUCAUUUGCUUAGUAUGCCGAUUUCCACCUUCUGACUGUGCUCUGUUGUUGUUGUUUAUUUUUUGUUUGUUUUGUAUUUGCUGGUUAAGUGUUUCUUGAAUACAAUAGAUGUCCCUUGUUUUAUUAAUUCCAUCAGUUAGUCUGUGUCUCGUUAGUUGAGAUCAUUUGUAUUUAAGGUCAUUCCCUAUGAUUUUCUGACUGACUAAAUUAUUAAUAUUUCUGUGUUCCUACUCUGUUAGUUGUAGGGGUUUUCUGGUUGUGCCUGACUACUUCCUUCCCAACUCAUUUUGGUCACUCAUGGGAUGUGUCCUUUUCUGUGUCUCCAUGAAUGAGACUGUUUUCCCUACAUAUUUAGUAUUCCUCUAAGAUUUUUCCACAAUAAUUGCCUUAAUUUAGCCAUCAGUUUAAAAUAUUUUUGUUGACUCUCAAAACUUUGUUGACAAUCAUUUUCUUCUAGAGCUUGAAAUGUGUAAUUCCAUACAUUCCUGGUUUUGUGUUUCUUACAAAUGAUUUGAUGUUAGGUUUCCCCCUUUGUACAUGAGCUGGAAUUAUUUCCCCUCUGCCUUUAGUCUUUGUUUUACGAAUAUGACGUUGUGACUGUGGUAUUUUAUGGAGAAUUUCUCAGAUCACAUCUAUUUGGGCUUCUGCCUUUUGUGUUUAGAUGUUGAUUUCUUUCUCUAAGUUUAGGGAAAUUCUUCUAUAAGUUAAUUGAGUAAAUUACCUAUGCCUUAUGACACUAUCUCAGCGCCUUCUACUUCACUGGUUUUUGGCUUUUGAAUGUACCUCAGACUUUUUGAAAUUAUUGGUUGUUUGCUAUUAGUUUUUGUUAUAUGUAUCUGAAUGUAGUACUGUCUGAGCUUAGUCCCCCCCACCUUGAAAUUCAUUCAUUUUAAUUCAUCUCGUCUGUUAGUGAUGCUUUCUCAUGUGAUUUGACUCGAUUGUUUCUUUCAUUCCCAGAAUUUCGGUCUCAUUCUUGCUAGAUAUUUCCUCCAUGUUUUAAAAUUUAAAAUUUUUGUUUGAGAUAAAAUGUUUCUACACCUAAGACUUGAUUUUAAAAACCGAUGAGUACUGAAGGUACAAGGAUUGGUUUUACUCACAGGUCAGGAGAAAGGAGCUAUUGUAGAGAAAAUGUUCUAUUAGAUGGGCCCAAAAUGUGUAUAGAAUUUUAAAAGUGUUUUAAAAUGUAUAUAUGGAUAUGUGUAUAUCUCAGUGUGUCUAUAUGCACAAGUGUAUGCAGAUGCCUGCAGAGGGCAGAAGAAGGCAUCAGAUCUCCUAGAGCUGGAGUUACUGUAACUGUAUGAACCAUCCAAUGUGAGUGCUAAGAACCCACAAGACUAGCAACCACUCUUAACCUCAGAGUGUAGCCUAGUGGUUUUCAACCUUCCUAAUUCUGCAACUCUUUAAUACAGUUCCUCGUGUUGUGGUAUUCCCCAACCAUAAAGUUAUCUUGUUGCUACUUCACAACUGUAAUUUUGCUACUGUUAUUAAUCAUAACAUAAAUAUCUGGAAUUUCUGAUAGUUUCUGCUGCUUUAGUCCUACACACGGAUUUUUAACAAAGUACAGGCAUAGCAGGGAGAGAGACCACCAUAAAGCAAGGCAUGAAACUGAACAAUUAUAACCUACCCAGGGCAGAGAAGAGUGUAAGCAGAUGCACAGCGUGGGAAACAGCGAUCCCAAAUCACAUGGCAGGAAGGGGGAGUUUGCUCUUUAGCCAGUGAGUAUGCAUCAAAGCAGAGCAUUCUCCCAUUCCACAGCAUCUAACUUAAGGAGAUGGAUUGAAGGGUGAGUGGCCAAAGAUGUUGAGUGGAAACCGAGUAUUUUUAAAAAGAGCUAACGGUCUCGGUUGAGGCUGUAGGAUUCCAGAUGGAUCUGAGGACAGAUAAACCCAGCAUUUCAGAGGGGAGGUUUGGGAUUAGAGGAGGGAUAAAGAGUUUCACCUCAUCCAGCAUGAAUAGCAUCCGCAUGGAAACAGUUGGUCAACGAUUGAAAGUACCGGCCGGGACCUUACAACGAAGCCUGGCACAGACAAGUUUGGAAGCUGCCUGUGAAGCAGUGACACUUGGGUCUCUGGCAUCAGAUUGGAUUGUCUGGGUGAAAACUGAGGUCCUGAGAUGGACCCUCCCACAACAUGCCUUUGAAGAACAAGAGAUAGACCAGUAAAAAUAACCUAAUGUUAGGGAUUGAAAGCCAGGAUUAUUUAAGUCAGUGAACAAAUGUUCAGGGAAAAGUGUGAACUGAAAAGAUCAGGGAAUUAACUGUGGUGAAGUUGUUCUGGGGGCAGGGAUGGGCGUGACCAAUUACAUUCUAUCUUAUAUAUGUCCUAUUUGUGCACACAGACUAUACUUUUUGGUGAAUGCAAAAGAUUUUCUCAUAUAUUACCUUACUGUGCCUUUAUAGGUCCUAUAAAAUCAGUAGGGCAGGUAUUGACCCUUUUGUCCAAAGGUAAAAGUGAGCCUCGUCAAGGUAAAGAUUGGAAUCUUAUAAUUUGUAUCAUUGAGCUAAGUGUUGGAAUUGUGUAAUUUGUGAUGAUGUGUUUUACAGCUUGUAAUUUCCUUUCAGGUUUUAUGCCUGCUCAAAGAUCUUUCAAUUCUAUUUUCCACUUUCUGUUAAUAUUCUUUUCGUGUAUUUGAUGCGCGGCUAAGUAAAAAACAGUUAUGUAGCCGUACGGGAUGGUCAACCUAGUGCAAAGUGGCAGUCAGUACGGGGCUGCCACAGCUGGACAGCCUUGCUUAGUGUAAUCCUCCGGGAAUCCCGAAGCCCAGCGUGUAAUUUAAAUAAAAUACUUAAUUUCUCCACAUUCAAGGAAGGCAUUAAGUAGAAAAAAAAGGUAGGAAUGCCAAAUUCACAUGAAGUAUUCUUUCCCCCAUGAAAAUAUAAAGAUUAGUCUCACCUUCAGAAAGACUGUAUUCUAAAUCCUCACCGUGUGUUAUUUUGUUUGAAGCUUAUAAAUUUGGGCAGUCAUACUUCGCAUUGUGGAUGACAUUACAAAAAUAAAUAAAAUCAUGUUUUAUUACCUA